GUUAAAGUUUAAACAUUAUUUACGUUAUAUUUUUACACUACAGCAUCAGGGUAAUGCGAAAUUAAACGUAGUAUUUAAUUGAUAAUACCUUAAAGGUACCAAAUUUUGUAUUAAAUUACUUUGUUCGCGGUAUUUAAUUUCAAUACAUUUUGAAUAUUUUCUGAACGUGUCAAAAGUGCAUACUCUGAAUAUGUUCCGAACAUCUAUUUUUUCACAAACGAUUUACGAACUUUGAUACUGUAAGUACUAAUUCAACUACCACGACUUUUUAAUUACAAUCACGAGCACAGAUGGUUUGUAGCCACGAGUUAAUUUGUUGUCACAUUCACAAAUGUUCGUGUAGAGUGAAUUUAACCUUCUAUCUUUGUUUCACUCUCAUGGUUUCAUAAUUCUAUCUGUCUCAGCUGGAGUUGAACAUAACCAACUUGGAGAAACUUCACUUUUACGUGGCUGCUGAGGUGGUUUAGUCUUUCACUUUUAAAGUGUGACAUAUUUAAGACUGAUUAGUUUGAAUUAUACUUGUAAAGAAACACCAUGGCGAAAAAAACACUCAUCUCUUUUUUCAUGGCUAUGUCCUGUAGCCUUUGUUUGGGUUGUUCAAAUCCAGAAAUUAUUUCUACAUCUUUCACAACGUUGGAUGCUACAAUUGUUAGAAAUAUCGCUUAUAUUGCCGACUUUUCUGUUAAAUGUAAAUCUGGGAAUAUUGGAAAUCUAUAUGCCGCUUUCGAUAGACAGAUUGGACCAGUAUCUAUAGUUGGAAACAAUAGAUUCCAAGUAAGUUGGACUGAAGAAUCAAAAUCUGCUAAAUCUGGUGAACGUGUAAUUAGAUUAUUUGAUGAAGAUGGUUAUACAGUAUUUAGGAAAGCUAUUCGUGCUAAAGAAGAUACUUCAAAUGUCCAAUCCUUUGCCAAUGUUGUAGUGAACCACCCAGGAGCUUAUAAUGGUCCUUGGUUAAAAUCAGAAUUCAUUGCUACCAUGGUUUCUUUAACAGUAGCUUACAUUGCCAUUGCAUCCAGAGCAAAAUUAGUUAUGUGAUCAAAAACUAUUCCACAUUUCCUUGUUGAAUUAAUUUAUACUGAAAAAUUUGGGUACAGAGUGCUUUGUAAAGUGAAAUUUUUUUUUAAUAAAAUUGUUGAACUCAGCUCUUGAAAUUUGAUUUUUGAAUACUUUUCUA